AUGUGGAUUCUCCCCAUCGUGGGGUACACCGGCCUCAUACUCGGCUUCGGAUUCCUUACUCUCUCCAUCGCUUCGGGCCUCUAUUACCUCUCUGAGCUGGUCGAAGAGCACACGGUCCUCAGUGCAAAACUUCUCAAGCGCCUGAUUUACGCCGUCGUCACCGCACAGUUGCUCCUCUGGCUCGUUGAUGGAUUCCCCUGGUACUUGACCUUGUUGGGUGUGGCCAGUCACGGCGUCUACGCGACGAACUUGCGGCAUUUCCCUAUUGUGAAACUGUCAGAUCCUUUUUUCCUCUCGAGUUGUGCCUUGGUCAUCCUCAAUCACUGGUUAUGGUUCAGGCACUUCAGCGAUGUAACUACAAGAGGAGGCCCAUAUCGGGGUGCACCACCGAGCAGCAGGCGGGACUGGUAUUCAGCACCUCCAGUAUAUGAUCAACCCACCUUUACCGAGAUUGCGUCGUACUUUGGACUGUGCGUUUGGCUCGUCCCAUUCGCACUGUUUGUCAGCCUCAGUGCCGGAGAGAAUGUCUUGCCGAGUAUGGGCUCCGAGUAUGCCACGGGCGAAAGAGAAGGUGUUGGCUUCAAGAAGGGUCAUAGAAGGAAGAACACCGGAAUGGCCAAGGCGGCUGUUCAUGCCACGAGAGAUUGGGUUACAGAGACGGGUGCGGUGAUGGGAUUCUGGCACGCUGACAAUAUUCGGCCUGUAUAA